UUUGAAAACAUUAAAAACUUGAUUUGAGUUGAAUUUUGUUGGAUUUGCGUGACAAAAGGGAGAAGAACCCAUCAAAAUCUCCAGAAGUCUCUCUCCUUCUUCUUCUCUAAUCCUCCAACAAAGCAUGGCCCUCCACCGCUUCUCUUUCUCAACCCUCUUCCUCUUCUCUCUCACCACAACGACCCUCUCCCUCUCUCUCUCCACCGUCUACGACCUCCUCCCCAAAUACGGCCUCCCGAGCGGCCUCUUGCCCGACUCCGUCACCAACUUCACCCUCUCCGACGACGGCCGGUUCGUCGUCUGCUUAGCCAGGUCCUGCGAAAUCGAAUUCGACUACCGCGUUCGCUACGAGAAGACCGUGUCCGGACGGAUCAGCUACGGGUCCAUCACGGAGCUCGAGGGCAUUCAGGUGAAGCGGCUCUUUAUCUGGUUGGAUGUGGAUGAGAUCAAGGUCGAUCUGCCUCCCACGGAUUCGAUCUACUUCAAGGUUGGGUUUAUCAACAAGAAGCUUGGUAUUGACCAGUUCAGGACUGUGCAUUCAUGCGGUGGCUCUGGAUGUUCUUGGAAGAGUUUUCUCCAGCUUCCAGGAAUGAUGAAUGAAGCUGAGAUGCUAAUCACCGAGUAACUACUCUCAACAAUCACUCAACACCACACAACGGUGGAGUCGAGUGUUAGUCAGUCAACUUUGUACAUAUACGUUUCCACGAAAAAAAAUCUGUAUCUAGACAACAUGACUAAAUGUUUCCCGAGUUCGUUCCUCACCACCAAAAUAAGACUCUGGCCGUUCAAGUUCC